GGUAUCAGAGGACCAUCACUACCUGCCGAACACUGUCACUGUUUUAACUUUUGUUUUUCCACUUUUCCUAAACACACAGUCGGUGGGACCUUUCCGUUAGUUUUUGCUUGAAUAAGAUGGUCGUUUUGACAAAUAGCAACAAUGAAGAGCAGGAUUAUAUCCUGAUAGAGGAGCGGAAGUGCUCCUCACUGCCCAGCUCUCCUGCCAAGCGAGUAUCUCCUUCCAAAAGGAAGCAGUUCUACAUCAACCAAGCCAUCCGCAACUCUGACCUCACUCCUCGGGCCAAAGGCAAGAAGAGCCUCCGCCGACAGGAGAACACGCGCUUUCUAACUAAUCUGCUUGAGAAGGAUGAGUGCUCCAAAGAUGAUCUGGAGGUCUGCAGUAACCCGGCCAUCCCAUCAAUCUUCACUGAGGCCUGCACCAACGGAAACUACAUAGAGCCGUGGAAUGACUUCAUGAACUGCUCCGGUGAGGAGCAGGAGAGGCUGCUGUCUCUGCUGGAGCUGGAGGAGGCCAAGAAGAAAAAUGCCAACCGACUCCUCAAGGACCAGAGGAAUGUAAAUCCUGCCUUCACUGCUCAGGACUGCUUCCAGCGAAUCGAUCGCAGGCUGCGAGCAACUCUGAAACGGAAACAAAUCCCCAUGGGAACGCUGGAGGUUCUUGAGGGAAAUCUUGUGAGCUUCUUUAAUGCUCAUCCUCACUCUGUUUACACAACCAACCUCACCAGCAGCUUUGAAAGAUUGCUGCUUCACGCCAUCUGCCAGUAUAUGGACCUCGUCUCUGCAAGCACCGACUGCAAUGGGUCACGUCAGACUGAAGUAGUCAACAAACAAGAAGAGUUUCUGCCUCCUCAACAUCUGCUGUCUGCCUACCUGGAGCAGAUGUGCUGAGACGAUCAGGAUCCGCUUCCACAUUUCCUCCACAAGAUUCUGCUGCAGGCAGGAGCUCUGUGAGAUGUAGAUAUGAUGUGCAGUCUGUAUGCAAUGUCUGUAAUGUCGACUGACCUCAGCAAGUGGAGCGGAAAAGAUUCCUGCUUCCAUUUUCUCUGGUUGGUCUCUGCCUGUAGUAAAUUUUCAGUUAAUUCUAUACAUAAACAAACCAGAGUUCAUCAUAGCAGGGUGUAAGAAGUCUAAAAGUUACAUAUCUUAAAGUUACAUUUACAUAAAAGCAUGCUAACUGUAGGCUUGUACAUUUGUUGGAGUUAGCGUACAACUCUUAGCACAGCAUCUGAGGCUGAUAAAGUAUAACUGAACCUGAUAGAAGUCUGUCAAGCUGUCCUGAAGUAGCCACUGUGCACAGAAUAACCCUUUAGCUGUUGGCUACUUGAUCUCGCCUCUCACACCAUCCUCAGGCAGAAUUUCACAUUUUCUGCCCUACCGGUGAAGAUUUAAAAGCAGCAGCGAUGAAAAAACAGAUUUUCAUCCACCGAACUAUGCUUUCUGUUGUUACAGCAUCACUGAGCUUAUGAAUACAAUUACUUCCCUUUCCCAAGUUUUAGGGGUUACUCAUGCAGAUACAGUGAUGACCACUAGCUCUUUGGGACAAUGUAAAAAUAACGUCUUGCAAAUUACACUUGCUGACAAUGAUUGAGAGUUAUUUAUGAGCUGCUAAACCUCAAAGCAGGAGGUUAAUAAACAAGUUGGCUCAUGCUGUUCCUUUUCAUAAUGCUAACAAAAGAAUUUCACAUAGUCAAUGUGAAAUACUACUUUAUAAAGGCACAAAUGUAAAGUAGUAAUGUCAGUCUAAAUUUUCUCAAGUCUAAAAUCUAUCACAGCUGUCACAAGUAAUGAAAUGAUGAUUCUUUAAUGAGUUUAAUUUCUAAAUUAUGUCAGGGUAACCAGCUGCACAUCCACCUAUCUAUAAGCUGCUUCAUCCUGUCAAGGGGGUAGUGGUGGACUAGAUCGUAUCCCUCUUGAGUUUUGGGUGAGAGGCAGGUUAACGGCAUCACAUCACUUCACACUUGACGAAGAAAGCACAGUCUAUACCGACAAUAAUACCUAAAAAUAAUAGAAAAUUUACUUUAUAAGCUCCGAGAUCUGCAGCUGUGUCUGUGUUAUAAGGAGCUUGUAGUGCUGAUAACAAAUCACAGUGUGUAACGGACCACUCUUAGCUGAAAUCCAUCACUUCCUGAAAGAUUCGUCUGUAGGAUUUGUAGAAGUAGUGAGGUAUGAGGCAUGAAUAUUAGUAGUGUUUCUAUAUGCACACACAUCAUUCAUCAUAGAUAAGAAGUAAGUGUCUUUUGAUAUUGCUUGGGAUGUAAAUUAAUUCACAAUCAUUUGUAUUAUGUAGAAGGAGGAUCUGCCAUGAGAAUUUUUAAUUUUUAAAAAAAAUAAUUUAUUUCUGCAUUCUUUGUCUCUGCCUGGUACACCAACACCCUGUCUAUACUGGACGUGCUGUAGUCGUCAUUUAGCAAACGAUGCACGUACAGUUUAGCCAAUUAUACUGUCUUUAUCAAAUAAGUUACAGCUGUGAACCAACUGACUUUAACAGCUGCCACAGGCUUCAUGUAAAAGUCUGGUACACGUUAAGCCCAGUAGCUGCUGCUGUUGUGUUGCUUCUUUCACUGCACGCUGGUGUAGACAAGGUGUCGGUGUUUCUUUCUAUAACAGCCACUGUUCAAAGAUAAGGAACUAUAUUACUGUUAGAAACUGUAAGUGUCAAAGUACAUGUAGAUGUAUUCAAAGAUUUUUCUCAAAGCGCACAGUGCUCUCUCAGUUUACACAUAACUACAACUUUUACAGCCUCUUUUGUGCAUUAAUAUGAUUUAAAAGUAUACUGUAUGCAAUAGAUGUGUUACACUGACAGAAAAACAACAACAUUUUAGGCUUUUUGAUGGUUAAAAAAACCCACUGAGCUUCGACUCAAGUGCGUUUCAUCUCAAUAAUAACAUUUACAACCCCAGAAAGCACUUCUGCCUUAUGAACACAACUUUCUGUGUUUUGUCUGUACAUAUAUUUCUACAUUUGUACUUUACAGGAUUUUGGAAGCGCGUAUCCAGGUUAUUUAAAAAUACAAACUCUAACCCCUAGUUUCUUUUUAUGCUGUCGUCGACAGUGUAACAAAACUUGACAUCUUGGUGCAUUUUGUAAACAACCAAAGUUUGUGUGUUUGUUGAGUGGAAAUCCAACUUCUCAGGCUUUCAACUUCUCACUUUGAAUGUCACGUAGUGAUUUCACAUGGUGUAAUUUUCUGUGUACUGUAUCCUCUCUUGAGAUGAGAUUGUUUGGAUUAUGUCCAUCCCAGCACCCUGGGGCGCUGCCAAAUUUUUAAACAGUAGAAGUAGUCGUGCUGUAAAUAUAAAACUUGAUUAACGGAGUUGUGCCAACGUUUGGAUUGAAAAUGCCUAAAUAGUCUGAGAGCUUUAUUCAAUUAACUGAGACGUCUUUAUGUAUACAUGAUAUGUGCGUAUUUAUAAUUAUCCCUAUUAAAAGAUUUAAGAUA